GUUAGGCCUACCUUUGCCCUGCCACAAGGACUGCCUGAACUCUGGAACCAGGGCGGCACUCUGGCAGUACUGGAUCUCUGAAAGAGGGUUGUGAGAACUAUAAAAGCAGAUAGCCAAAGCAGAGGAAUCAAACUUUACUGAAAGAGUGAAGAGUCCUCCUCUUCUAUCCCGAAGGCUUACAGAGCUUCUUCCAACCCAUCAUGGGGGAUACUAAGCUCUGCCUUCUGCUGCUGCUAGGCACCUAUGCCUUGGCCCAGCAAGAUAUUGGGAAUUCUGAGGGACAAUCUCCAACUUGUCUCUUGGCAAAGAGGUUCAAGAACUUCAGAAGAUUUCUUUACCAGUAUGAAGCCGAGACCCUUAAUGGCGUAAAUGGAGCUACCAACCUCAAGAAUGGCCCUAAAGUAACCUGCAAGGUUGAAAUUGAUGUGCCCCAAACAUGCAGUUUCAUCCUGCGCACCCCAGAGUGCUCCCUGAGCGAGGUCAUCCACGUCGACACAGAGGGUUCCGCUGUGUUCGCGCCCGCUGCUGGUGCUGAGGCUUUCCAGGCUGCCAUGGCGAAGAACCCCCUGAAGGUCAUGGUUGAGGGACAGACAGGUGUGAAACUCUUCCCUGAGGAGGAUGAGACCACCACCAUCUUAAACAUCAAGAGGGGAAUUGUCUCAGCCCUUAUCGUGCCUGCUUUGGAGGAAGAGAAGAACAAGGACAUGGCCACCCUUCAUGGAGUUUGUGGCACCAACUUCGCUGUUAACUCCAAAGAAGACAUCGCCACUGACGUGACCGUCACCAGAGACCUGUCCAAAUGCGACAGCUUCAUUGCACAGAGGGACCACACCAGCCCCCUGGCUAUCAUCUCUGGCAUGCAAUACCCACUGUCCAAGCUGAUCAGCAGCACCCAGACUUGCAACUACAAGUUUGACAACCAGAAGAAGCACAUGACUGCUGGGUCCUGCACUGAGAAGCACAUCUUCCUGCCUUUCUCCCACCAGACUGAGUAUGGAGUAUCAACACUGGUCAAACAGACUUUGACUCUCCUGGAGACUAGCAAGAUCAAUGAAAGAGUUUUCAACCACAAUGAGGCCAACCUCAAGGGUCUACCCAUGGAGGCUGCUGAGGACAAAGCUGCCAUCCAGACAGCAGAUGCUGCUCUUGCCACCCUGAGGGAACUGAGCAUCCUGUCCGAGACCAACCAGGGCCACCAGCGCGCCAGCACCUUCCAGAGACUCGUGUCUGAGCUCCGGGGACUGAAGGGUGAGACUAUGAGCCCUGCCGUCCCUGAGAUGGUGUCCGUAUCGGACACCCUGACCUGGCAGGCCCUGGCCCAGUGCGGUACCCCUGAGUGUAGCAGCGCCAUGCUCCAGCACCUCAGGACCUUCGAGCCUGAAGCUAUGGAAGUCGACGCCGCCGUCUAUGCCCUGGGACUCCUGCCCAACCCCUCCCGCCUCCUUGUCAAAGACAUGCUCAGCAUGGCUCAGUACAAACAGAGCAAGCCCAUCAUGUUUGCUUUAGGCAAUGUCGUCAGAAAGCUCUACCAGGCUGAGGGCAAAGUCACCCCCGAGAUCGCUGCUGUGUCUGAGUUCCUUGCCUCCCUUUUGGGUGCUGAUUGUGCUGGAGAAAAGGAGCUGACCUUCCUGACCCUAAGAAUUAUUGGCAACAUAGGAGAAGCCAUGGAGGCCGCCGACGCUACCGUGAAGACCACCCUGCUGAAGUGCAUGAGACAGCCCACCACAACCCUGCAGGUCCAGCUCGCUGCCAUCCAGGCCUUCAGGCGCAUGUCUGUGACCGAUGAGGUGCGCUCUAACCUCCAGAGGGUGAGCUCAUACGCUAAGGGUGCCGUGCAGAAGAGACUGGCAGCCUACCUGAUUCUGAUGAGGACACCUGAGGCAAGUGACCUGGAGCUGGUGAAGAAAAUACUGAAGGCGUCGAUGCAGGAGCAGAAACCAGACGUCCAGGAGCAGAAUGCGCAGGUCAAGGCCUUCGUGACCUCUCACAUCUACAACAUAAUCCACUCCAAUGACCCCGAGACUAUAAAGCUGGGCGACAAGAUCCUUGAUGUCCUCGCUGACCCUACCAUGGCAACCACUCAUGGUGACUACACUACAAUGUCUCGCAACUACAAGAUGGAUGCUGCCAUGAACAACAUGAAGACCAGCGUGCAAGGAAACAUGAUCUUUGAUCCCACCAGCCAACUGCCCAAGGAGAUCAUGCUUGAGACUACCCUAAAGGCUUUCGGCUAUAACAUGGACAUAUGGGAGAUUGGCAUAGAGGGAAAAGACUUUGAGCCAACCAUUGAAGCUCUGUUCGGAAAGAGCGGGUUCUUCCCUGACACCGUAUCCAAGGCUAUGUACUGGGCUGGAGACAAGAUGCCAGACCAGGUGAACGAGGUUCUGAAGAACUUCGCUGCCCCAUUGAAGAAUGAGAAAACAAAGGUCCCAGAGAACAUCAUGAGGGAGAUUAUCCGCAACUUCAACAAGCUGGCGAAGGAUCUGCAGGCUCAGGAGUCCCCUGAAGCCAUGGCCUAUCUGAGGAUCAUGGGAACUGAGCUUGGAUACAUCAAGGGCAGCGAGCUGAAGGGCAUUGCCCAAUACGCAGCCAUGUACGCUGAGAUCCUCCUCAAGGACAUGCCCACGCAGUUCAUGCAGAAAAUGGUGUCAGGCACUGACAAUGAAGUGUUCGCCCAUUACAUCUUCAUGGACAACAAGUUCUCCUUGUCAACUGCCUCUGGCUUCCCUCUGAAGUUCUCUCUGUCCGGUACCUUUGCUCCUGGAGCUAAGGGAGGCCUCCGCUUUCACCGCAACAUGCAGGAAGUGUCCUUCAUGCCCUCUGUGGGAGUGGAGUUUGUGACCCAGAUGGGAGUCCACAUCCCCGAGUUUACCAGCUCCGUUGUGGAGAUGCACACCAACAUGUACCACGAAAGCGCUGUCAACGCCAAGAUCACCAUGGAGCAGAACCAGAUCAAGCUGGGUAUCCCUGCUCCUCAGGGCUCCACCCAGCUCUUCAGAGUCAGCAACAGAAUUCUGACAGUUACCUCUGGUCAGGCUACUCUGAUCCCCCCCAUGGAUGAGGGCAGGACCAACGUCGUGAACUGCAGCCCUCUCUUCUCUGGAGUGAAGUACUGCACCACCGUCCGUUACAACUUAGCUGGUGACAACGCUGCUGCUCCUUAUUUCCCUCUCAAUGGAGAGACUAAGUUUGCUCUUGACAUCCAGCCCACUGGCGAGGUCUCUGAGUACACCGCCACCUUCGCCUAUGACCUCCUCAGCGAGGGAAAGGAGGGACGCCAGAAGGUUGACACCGUGAGGAUGACACUGAGAGCGGAGGGUGCUAAACCCACUGAGGCCACUGCCACCAUGAAAUACAACAGGAACAGGAACAUCCUGACCACCAACGUCCAGAUCCCUGACUAUGAUGUGGAGGCUGGAAUCAGGAUUGGUCUCACAGAGACCAAUGGAAAGUCCAUCACCAUCGACAUCACCAACAAGAACAUCCCUCAGCUGUCUCUAAUUGGCCGCGCCAAGCUUGAGGCCAUGAGCGACAGUAUGCUGCAGGUCCAGCUGGUUGUCCCUGCCCUCAAGACUGACGCAGCUAUCACUGCCACUAUGAAGAGUGCAGAGGAACUCACCCUGGAGCUCAGGAGUGACAUCAAGCUCCCCGAGACCACCUCCAUUCAGGGAGUCAUCUUCAAAUACGAUGAGAACAAGGUUGAGGUUCAGCUGGUGUCCGACAUGGGUUCUGAGAUCCAAAAACUCAUCCCUCAUACCGAAGCCCUCCAAGCCUUGCUGAAGCAGCUCUCUGAGGACAUCCUGGACAAGCAGGUGGUCAAGACCGACAUGAAACUGCGUCACAUCUUCACCAAAUCUCUUGAGGCCGUCAACAUUUGGAUGGACAAGAUCACCUUGGAUGUUCCCAUGGUUGAGACACUGAAGGACAACAUGCCAGAGCUGGCGAUGCCCACAAUGCCCGAAAGACUGUUCCUGAAAUCUGAGAGCACAUUCAAAUACCAGUUCAACAAGGACCGUGUCACCAUCACCAUUCCCAUGCCAUUCGGAGGAAAGUCAUCUGAGGAGCUGAGGAUCCCUGCCAUGCUGACCACCCCACAUCUGUCCGUGCCCCAGGUCGGUUUGGAGCUUGCCUCCAAGGAGGUCCAGGUCCCCACCUUCUCCAUCCCCAACGACUACAAGCUCACUGUGCCACUCUUCGGAAUGGUUGAAGUGUCUGCUAAGGUGAACAGCAACUACUAUAACUGGGAGGGAAUGGUCUCCGGUGGCAACAACUCUGUGGAGACCCCCAGCUACAUUGCCAAGUUUAAGGUGGUGGCUGACAGUCCCAUUGAACUCCUCGCUUUCACAUCUGAAGGAACUGCCCUCAUCACUGACAUGCCAGAAGACUCUCUGAAUGCGAUUUUGAAUGGUUCCCUUAGCCACAAGCUCAUUGACACCAGCUUUGAGGUAAUGGAAACCGUCAGUAUGUCAGACAAAGUGAGAGCCACAGGCAACCACAAGAUUCAGGUCUUCAGCCCUCUGGGUCUGCAGACAUCCCUGGACAUCACUUCACAGGCCUCCCUGGCCUCUGACAUGCUCAUUGGAGAUGCUAACAUGGAUGGUAGUGUAACCCUUGGAUCCGUGACUGCCAGCACCACCUAUUCCCAGUCUUUCUCUUUCGAACACAUGAAGAAAGAAGCCAGAGCCGAGUCCACACUGAGGGUGAACUCCCCAAUCCUGGAGAUUGUCAACAAGCUCAAGGCCGGCUAUGCUAAUGAGCAGCUUCUGAUUGAGUCCAAGACCAACCUGAACAACGACCCCAUUAAGCACACCACCAAGUUCAGCAUCAGCUACAAAGAGGCCCAGCUGACGAUCCAUUCCGACUCUGUGACCAAGGCUGAAGAGAAAAUGAUCCGCAGCAAAGUGGACUUCACUGCCUCCAGGGAUGAAGCCAUCAUCAGGGUAGAAAACCAGGCUGAUGAUACCGAGAAUCGUGCCUACUCCCUGCUCUCCGGAGCCCUGAACCCCGCCAGCCUGGAGAUCAAUGCAGACGCUUCCGUCAACAUCUUCGGCAGCCGCGCCUUCCACAAGGCUGCUCUGACGAUGAACCAGGAAGGUCUAGCAACAAGUGCCACCACCACCGCCCAAAGCAGCCCCAUAACCUUCGAGAAUGUCUUCAAUGGUGGAGUCGAUACCACCGGGGCCCAUGUGUCCGUCAACACCAAGGGGGCCUUUGGGGAGACCACCGCCGACCUCAACUUGGAGGGGAAAGUGGCAAGCUCUGAGGUCUACCUAAACAGCAUUUUCAAGGGCAAUCUCUUCGAUGCCAACACCAUGAACAGAGUGAACCUGAAGGUGAAUGAAGACGGCCUGGCCCUCACCAACAAGCUGGUCGCUGAACUGUAUCAGAUGGAGACUGAGAACACACACAGCCUGACUCUCACUCUUAAAUCCCUGGCCCUCCGCUCCAAGACCGAGAACUUCUUCAACAAGGAGAACACCUACAAGCACGACAUCUCUGUCGACAUUCAGCGCUUGGGUGUUGCUGUGAAUGUGAAAAACGACCUCAAGAUCACAGAGAUUAACUUUGUCAACGAGGCUAUGUUCAAGGUAGAGGAUUACAAGAUGGAACUGACCGGCAGCCUGAAGGGAGUCUCUUCCGAAGAGGCCAAUUUCAAGCACACUUAUGAGAUCAGUUUUGCUGACAUGACCACCACUGCUAAGUGCAACACCAAUGGAAAAUAUGCACUCUCUCAGAUGACACACACUGCUGACCUCGAGGUUGCUGGUCUGUCCACCAAGUUCAACAGCGUGGCUAGCAUCAACUCUCAAGCACUGAACUUGGACAGCACUGUCAACGUUGUCGCUGAGCCAUUCAUGGUUGACAUUUCUGCUCUAUUCAACUCCAACGGAACUCCGAAUAUGUUUGGAAUUCAGAACAUUGAGCUGUUCAACCAGUUCCUGUUGAAGGCAGAGCCCCUGGCUUUCUCCCACUCCCACGAAUGCAAGGCCUCCACCAGCCUCCAGCUGGAAAAUGGAGACUCUGUCAAGACCAACCUGGACAACAAGAUCACCAGUCGUCUGACUCCUCAGGAGCAGUAUGCCUCAAUGAAGAUGACAUCCAAACUGAAUAACCAUGAAUUCAACCAAGAGCUUAGCGCCGUGAACAAUGCUGAAACGAUGGGAAUGGAGAUGAGAGGAGCUGUCUUCACCACCAUCUUGAACAAGGCCGGUGAAAACGAGGAAUACGCCAUCUCUGGUUCCCUGAAGUACGAGAAGAAUGUUGACAGCCAUUUCAUUCAGCUGCCAUUUGUUGAGCAUCUCCCUGCAGUCAUUGAACAAGUCAAAAUUGCCACGAUGAUGACGAUGGAAAACAGCAAAGGCCUGCUGCUGGAUAUUGACACCAAAUACGAAAUUAGAGCCAAGAUCCAGGGGAAAGUGGGUGAACUGAAACAAGUUGUUGAGAGCUUCGACAUCAACCUGUUCAUUCAGGACCUGAAGAACUUCAUCAAUUGCAUUGAUAUCCACAUUCCUACACUGAUGGCCAAAAUUCCCAUUGAAGAAAUCAUGAAUGUCCUGAAGUCAAUCAGGGACACUAUUAUGAGGUGGAUCAAGAAAAAUGACAUCACUGGCAAGAUGAAUGCUGUUUACACCAAAAUUGAAGAGAUCCUGUCCAAUUACGAGGUUGAAAAGAUGGUUGAGAACAUCAUGGAUGAGGUUGUGGAAAUCAUGAAGUCCUACCAGCUCAGAGAACACAUUCAGUCAGCAAGCAAUGCUCUUAAGUCUAUUGAUAUCCAAGUCGUGCUGAACAAAAUCAUGCCACAUGUGAAUGAGUUUGUAAAUGAACUGAAUGCCUUUGACUUCAAGCAAAUGGUCGACAACAUCAGUGUCUAUUUCGAUAGACUGACCGAGAAGAUCAGGUCUUUUGAUUAUGACACAUUCGCCGAGGAGCUGAAACAGAAAGUCAUCGAACUGAGCAGGGUCCCCUGUUUCGGAAAACUCAACGGAGAGUUCAGUGUCAUCUCACCUGACUACAGUAUGAGCACCAAUGCUGAGUUCCGGAAUGCCACAACUACCGAAGUGACACCAGAGUUCUACGCUGUCCUCAAAUCUCAGGCCACUUCUACCUUUGAUCUGCUCGCCUACACCCUGGAUGCCAAAGUUGACAUUGCUGUGCCCAAGAUGAGCCACCUGUCUGUCUCUGAGAACAUCAAGAUCAUGCACACGGAGUUCUCUGUGGACCACCAAGGAACAGUUGCCUUCUACGGCACAUCAGUCCAGGCUUCCUCCAAGACCAAUGCCAAGGCCACUACUGAGCCCUACACCGCCGAGCUGGUUAGCAAUGCCUUCUUCGACAUGGAGAAUGGAGUCUCUACCACACUGGAGACCACCUACAACCACAAUGUGAACCUCCCAUUUCUCAACAUCUUCAGCGAGGCUGCAAUUACCCAGAAGGCAGUUGCUCUCCUGGAAGGUGGCAUUGUCACUCUGACUCUUACCAAUGAGGGUAACGGUAAAUCUGCCAUCCAGGAUUACUCCGAUGAAGGAACCCAGAAGUACGACAUGCAGAUUGUAAUGUCCCUCAACACUGUCAAACUGAUCUUCACUGGGGCAACCGACACCAACAACCUGAAAAUGAAGCAGAAUGUGAAUGCUGAAGCCAGCAUUUUCAGUCACAUCAUCAUUGAAGCCAACACUGAGACCGAAACUCCCUUUAUCAAGAGCAGUGUUGCUGAGCUGAAAGCAGAGGCUAAGAUGCAGGAUCUGAAAAUUGAGGUAACUGCCUACUGCAACACAGAGCUGGUAGGCAAAGUUGAGGGAAUUAUUUCCAACUCAGUCAACUUCAUCGCUACACCCUAUGAGUUUGUGUUUGACACCAAGAACAAGGAAAACACCAAGGUUGCGCUUCCCUUCAAGCUGACUGGAAAGAUUGAUCUUCAGAAUGACUUUGCCUUUACCCUCAACUCUGGAGUGCAGCAGGCUAGCUGGACUGGACUGGCACGAUUCAACCAGUACAAAUACUCACACUACUUCACAAUGGACAAUGGUGAGCAGGAAAUCCACGUCUUCGCCCAGGUCAAUGGAGAAGUGAACCUUGAUGCGUUGAGGGAACCUAUCUCCAUUCCCAAGAGAGCUGUAGAAUUCAUAGGUAGGACUGAGUUCUCUCUGUGGGAGGACACCGGUCUGAGUGUGCUCUUGACCACACCUCAGCAGACCUUUGACAUGGACACCAAGCUCAUAUACAAGAAGAACCCUGAGAUGAUCACCAUUGGCAUUGACAUGGAGCCAAUCUUCAAUGCCAUCAACAAGCACACCAGAAGUCUGAACAAGAACAUGAUCGUUGGAAGGGACAAGGCUGUUGCCAUUCUCUCUACCUCAUUUGACCAGGCGAAGGCAGAGUACGAGAAAUACAACAUUGAGCUACCCAAAACUCUCACUGUUCCGGCACACAUAGUUCCAGUGCUGAAUAUUGAAGUGUCUGGUUUCACCAUUCCUGUGCCUGACUUCAGUCUCAUCACAAUGCCUACUAUGCAUGUUCCAUCUGCACUUAGCAAGCUGACCCUGCCAAAAAUCACUCUGCCAAAAAUGCAGAGCAACAUCAUGAUCCCUGUCUUCGGUGACCUGACCUACGAGUUCUCCAUGAAGACAGCUGUGCUGACAGUGAAGGCAAAUGCUGCUGUCCUCAAUCAGGAUGACAUCAUUGUCCGAUUUGACGCUUCCUCCACCUCUGAGUUUGAUGCUCUGAAGGCCAAGAUUGAUGGUACCGCCACCUUGAACAGGAACAAUGGAGUGAAACUGGCCUCUAUCCUGAAUUUGGAAGCCAUGUGUGUUGAGGGCAGCCAUGACAGCACCAUCAGCCUCAAUAGCGACGGUAUGGAUGCCUCCAUCACAAAUACAGCUAAGGUCAAUGUCCCUACCCUCUGGACUCUGGAAGUCAACCAGGAGGUCUUUGGAAAUGCCCAGGAAGGCCUCAUCAUCUCUGUGUCUUCUCCAAAUGCCGGACUCCUAGGACUCCAGCUGCAGGCCAAGAAACCAGCCCAAGUGAAAGGAAGACUCUACGGCAGAUACCCGUCUGAACCCACCACUGAUGUGGAGAUCAUGGCCCUGAAAAUGUCUGUGAUCAACUCUGAGAAGCUGAACGUUCAGACCACCUGGAAUAUGGAGGUUCCCACUGAGGUGCUCCUGGUAGUGAAGGCGAAGGUGCCUGAGAUCAUGUCAGCAGUUUACAUGGAGGAUAUCCUGUCUGUUCCCCAGAAGAUAGCCGACAAACUUGAGGGUAGCAUAGAACAGAUCACGGAUCAGGGCAAGGUCAUCUACAAGAGGGCUGCAGAAAACAUUGCAGCUAUGGACCUUACACCCAUCACAGACAAGCUCUCCGACAGCGUCAUGUUCGUCCUCAGGCAGUACCAGAAGAAUGUUCAGGUUUUGCUCGAUGCUGCCAUCAAGUUCCUGAGAGAGACCCAGUUCCAGAUGCCUGGACUUGAGGGAAAGAUGUCCGGUCUUGAGGCCUACCAGAAACUGAGUAGAUUCUUUGCUGAAUUGAUUGAGGAAGCUAUCAAGAAGGUUCCAGAAUUCUUUGCCUCCCACGGUGCAGCUCUCCUUGAACAGAUCAGAAACAUCAAAUUCACUCUUCCCGGCUCCAGCAACCUGGUCAGCGGGAGAGAAAUCCUGGAUGACCUUAUGGCUGCCAUUGAGAAGAUUCAGGAGCAGGUGAUCAUCAUUGUGAAGAGAGUCGGAGAUGUCCCUCUGGAGGAUAUUGUGAGCAGGCUGUCUGCAUUCCUGCGCUUAACCGUGACGAAAACCGAAGAGCUCAUUAUCUCCCUGAAAUCUCAGGAUGUGGAGAAACUCACCAUGUGGAUGAGUGACGUCUUCAGCGAAGCCAUCAGCACCCAUGCCAUGUCUGAUAUUGCACAGCAGAUCGAGGAAGCCAAGAGAAUUAUCCGAGAAUAUCGCGACCUCUUUGCUGAAAUGUCCAUUGAGCAGCUCAACGCUGACAUCCAGUCUUGGAUUGACUCCAUGAUUCAGAGUAUUAAUGCCAUCCACACCAAGGUCACUGAGUUCCUUCAGGACAUUACCAGAAAUGCUGAGCCUUUUGUGACAGUGAGUGACAAACAGAUAGACAUUGAAAUUCCUAUUCCAUUCAUUGCUCAGCUUGACAUGUAAAACAUAUACGCCCAAUUCAUUGGCUUUCACCUUGCAAACAUAACUGUUAUUCUCAUGUAGCCUAUUCAUAUUAUAAUGAAUUUCCAUUUAUUUUUUGUAAGUUACUAAUUUAGUUUAUUAUUCACAAGUUAAGACAGCCAACUUGACUGUUUUCAUUUUGCUCCCUAUGUGUCUUGUUCUUUUUUUAAACUUGAAAGAAAAACAUGAAUAAAAGACCAUUUCAUGCAAA